CCUUGAGAUGAUGGCAUUGCUGCAGCUAAUAUCAAAAACGCCGAGUUGUAUUUGUCAUUGAAGCAGAGAUAAAUGGAAGACAAGGCAUGGAUGAUCGAGGGAGACGGAAAAAGUUAAAGGCACAUAAGCGGGUGUACCUGGAAGUCAUAUGUUUUUCGCGGAGAUACGGGCUGACAAAGCUUGAUUGUCAGUUUACGGCAACUUGUCACCAUUUUAAUUAUUCUGGCGCGGAGACACAGCGUUAUUGUCUUUUCCAAAGCAUCAUGAGUAUCAAGGUUGUCAAUCCAAACUAUUCGCGUCGCUCGGAACCUGCUGGCGGAUUUCAGAGCUUGGAAGCGUUUUAUCCAUUCUAUUUAGGAGAACAUUGCGAUCGAACAAAUCGUCGUUUGCACAUUAUCGGUUCUACGAUUUCUUUAGCCAUUCUUUUGUGGGCCGCCAUUCAGAAACAACCAUCAUUACUCUGGGUUGCGUUGGUGCAGGGUUACGGCUUUGCAUGGAUUGGACACUUUGUUUUUGAGAAAAACAAACCUGCCACUUUUCGAUACCCCAUUUGGUCCUUUAUUUGUGAUUUCAAACUAUGGUCUGAAGUGUUGAGCGGCAAGCGAGCCUUUUAAAGAGGAAUGGCAGAUAACAUCAUGUUGUGAUAAUAAUGAUAGCAAACAUUUUUAUGGUGUGAUGUGCUGUGAUGUGGUGUGACAUGGCAUUGUCAUGACAUGAUUCACGCUGUGUAAUGUAAUAUGCAAGGCGAUCUGAUUGA